CCCCCUUGUCACGCACUCUGCGCACACACCGCUCUCGAAUUGGCUCCUACGUGUCAAGCUAGCGGUCUAUCCUGUUAAGUUAGCUCGGAGAGAGGAGUUAACCAGAAGUGAUGCUGUAAUGUAGAAGAGAGGAGGAGGUGGGGACACACAGCUUUCACCGCUGUCAGGGCGAACACGUUAGUUAACUUAGCAACACAUGUUAGAGAAGUCAAUCCUCCUUCAUUUGUUUUUUGGAUUUACCUGUUGCUUUUUUCUUGGCUUGUUUUCGUCUUCUUUUCCCCCGCUUCUUCUGAGCGCCUGUGUUGUCCCGCUGUCCCCCCGAUGACUUCCUCUAUCUCGGCCUGGUUUUGGAGCGAUAGGUUCUGGCUUCCCGAAAACGUUUCAUGGGUGGACCUGGAGCAUCCGCCACCUGGUGUGGAGUACCCACGAAUAGGACAUGUUCUUUACGCUUUGCCCCUGUCCGUGGGAGUUUUCCUUCUGAGGCUGUUGUUUGAAAGGCUGGUGGCCAAGCCCUGUGCCCACAUACUUCAGAUUCAGGCGGGAGUGCCUCGGCAAGCUCAGCCCAAUGCUGUCCUGGAGAAGCUGUACCAGUCCAAAACGAGUCCAGACACAAGGCAACUGGAUGGACUCUCCAAACAGCUGGACUGGGAUGUACGGAAAAUACAGAGAUGGUUUCGUGUCCGUCGGAACCAGGACAGGCCCAGUCUGCAGACCAAGUUCUGUGAGAGCAUGUGGCGGUUUACGUUUUACUUGGGGAUUUUUAUCUAUGCCAUUCAACAUUUGUGGGUGUCACCUUGGACGUGGGACACCAGACUGUGUUGGCACAAAUAUCCAUUCCAGCCUCUGAGCCCUGGACAGUACAACCACUAUGUCGCAGAGCUGGCUUUCUAUUGGUCGCUGAUGUUUUCCCAGUUCACAGACAUUAAACGUAAGGACUUCUUCAUCAUGCUAGUCCACCACCUGGCCACCAUCAUCCUCAUCACAUUCUCCUAUGCCAACAACAUGCUACGAGCCGGUACUUUGGUCAUGUGCGUGCACGAUGCAGCAGACAUCUUCCUUGAGGCAGCCAAGCUGGCCAACUAUGCCAAGUACCAAAGGCUGUGUGAUGGUCUGUUUGUGGUGUUCAGCAUAUGCUUCUUUAUCACUCGACUCGUCAUCUAUCCUUUCUGGAUUGUUUACAGUGUUCUGAUUGAGAGCUGGGAGAUCGUGGGGCCGUACCAGGCCUGGUGGCUGUUCAAUGGGCUGCUGUUGGUCCUGCAGACUCUUCACAUCAUCUGGUUCUACCUCAUCGCUCGUAUUGCUAUUAAAGCCAUAUUCAAGGGAAAGGUGGCGAAAGAUGACCGCAGUGACAUCGAGAGCAGCUCGGACGAAGAGAUUAAUAACUCCAGCGGUGGUAAAAACCCCAGUCAGAGUCUGACCCCAAAGAGCACUGGUAAUCUUAAUGGAGAAACUCACGACCACUGAGCACCAACAUGAGGACAUGUACUCCCACUGUGGCUGUCGCUCACCGUCCGUGUGCCUGUGGGGCCCCCGCGUCGUCACCUGACCGCCUGAAAAGAUGAUUUUGUUUUUGUUUUUCCGGAGAGAAAAGAGGAACUGGACGCAGCUCCGUGUGUGGGAUACAGACGUAGCACUGUGUUACUGAGUCAGGUUUACACCGUGUGACGUUUACCCCUGCGUUGUGCUUACAGAAGCAGACUUGUGUGCACCCGCGUGCUCUGUGUGUUUCCUCACAGCUGCAGCAAAGCAUGACCCAGUGCGUGUCUACACCUCAUUUUUUUUUUUGUUUAUACAGACAUGGAUAUUUUACAAGUGAAUUUGAUUUAAAAUUUAAAAAAAAAGUGGCAUACAUGUUGCUUUGAUUACAGAAUCGCUUCUAUAAGCUCAUGCAGUGAGACAACAUAUGUUUAAAAUCCACAGUUGCAUUAAUGAUCUUAUUAUUUACGACGGGAGAGUUAGACUUGCUGCGUUCGAGUCUCCUCCAGCACAUUCUCCGUGGAGAUAAGGUCUGGACUCUGUGGUGGCUAAUCCAAGUGUGAAAACGAUGACUCAUGCUGCCUGAACCACUCUUUCACAAUUGGAGCUCGCUGAAUGGUGGCAUUGUCAUGAAAAACCUGAUCAUUCAGUACAUUUAGGCCGUCAGGUGAACCUGAAGCAACCGAAGCAAACUAGGAUCAUAACACUGCCCCCACAGGGUUACAGAGUAAGCCCAAAUAUUUGACAGCUGUUAAACAAUUCACCCAGUCAUGCAUCUGCCUCACUCUGCUGUAAGCCAAGAAAUUCCAAAGGCCUCUUAUGUCUCUUUAUAGAAUACCAAAGAUUUCUUAAUAAAAAAAAAAUCUGCAUCAAAUCCA